UGAUUGACAAUGUAUUUGACCAUCCGGAUGCAAGUCGAUAGGGUCGACAUGUAGAUGCAAAAAAAUAAACAACUUUCCAGCUAGCUGGCUAGCCAAAUUUAAAUGGAAGAGCCUUUUACUGAAAUAAUGCUAUCUCUAAUUACGUAGUUUGUUCCACAUGGCUAAAAACAGUAUUCUAUGUCAUUAAUAUCCUAGGCUAAGUUUUCCAGUAUAGUAAUCCUAAACAAAGUGUAUAUCGCGGAUGUGAUCGACUGAGAAAUAACUGGCUUCAUUCCAGAAAUUUGAUUUGGAUGCUUGAAAAACAUGACAACCGAGACUCACGUCAAAGAUAUUAAGCCGGGACUCAAAAACCUCAGCGUCAUCUUUAUCGUGCUAGAAACAGGUCGAGUGACAAAAACGAAAGAUGGCCAUGAGGUGCGGACUUGUAAGGUAGCAGACAAGACAGGCAGUAUAAGCGUCUCUGUUUGGGAUGAGGUGGGGGGACUUAUCCAAACCGGUGACAUCAUCAGGCUCACGAAGGGGUAUGCAUCUGUGUUCAAGGGUUGCCUUACUCUAUACACAGGAAGAGGUGGAGAGUUGCAGAAGAUUGGAGAAUUCUGCAUGGUGUACUCAGAGGUGCCAAACUUCAGUGAGCCAAACUCAGAGUACCUGACCCAGACGAACAACAAGACAGCUCUCAACGACCAAGGAAGCUUGAUGAACAAUAACAACUCUUCAGGCAACUUAUCUGGGAAUGAAACUUCCAAUGGGAAUGGUGUAAAUUCUCCAGGUUCUGGAAGCUCCACCAAUUCUCAACAGACAGGAAGGGUAGGCGGAGCUGGUGCUGGCAACAGAGGAACAACCAAUCCUGCAGUUGGAGGGACAGCUGUCAGCAAUGGCAAGGAGACCAGGCGAUCAGCCAAAAGAUGAUAGUCGAGCCAAGUCCAUCCAGAUAUGAAGGAUGAAAGACUUCCUCUCUAAAGACUGAUCCCACUUGUUUGUUUUAUUAUUUUUGGUUUUAUUUGAUGUGUAUAAUUUUCUGGGUCAAAGCAGCCUUACAGACCCUUUUCAUUCCUUUUUUUAAAUUUUAUUUUAAUUGUUGGAUUUAGAAUACUGAAAACUUAAGUAUACAUGUAGUUGACUCCAAAUACAUUAUAUUAACUAUACCUUCACUUUCUUUGUACUGCAACAUUUUUUAAAACAGGCAAGUAAAUCAAUUUCUUAUGUAGAUUCCGAAAAGGACAAGUUGCAGUUCAGAGUUUAUACAAUAAAAUGAAUUGCUAUAAUAAAUAAAAUCCCAUAUCAAAGCCAGAA